AUGGGUUCUAAAGGCGAGGAGCUGAUGCAAGAGCUCAUUGUGGAAUUACGGGAGAUGAAUUCUCGUUAUACGGUGCACCGUUUUCUCAGCAGUGGGAGCUAUGGGGCUGUUUUUGCAGGCGUGGAUGAAAGCGAUCUUCCCGUGGCGAUUAAACGGGUGUUCAACACCAUCUCUGAGGGUCGGACCAUAAAUAUCCUCUCCGAUCCUUUUCUCUGCAAACGGGUGUUGCGCGAGAUUAUGCUGCUGAACCACUUCCACCACCCAAACAUACUCGGACUGAAGAACAUGUUCAUACAUCUGCAGCCCCCGGGCCAGCACAAACUGUACCUCGUCACCGACCUCAUGCGUACCGACCUGGCACAAGUUAUACACGAUAAGCGCAUUGAUAUUUCUCCCCAGCACAUCCGCUUCUUCAUGUACCACAUCAUACUUGGAUUGCAUGUUCUGCACGAAGCGGGUGUUGUACAUCGUGAUCUGCACCCAGGAAAUGUACUUGUCUCUGAGAACAAUGACAUCACCAUAUGUGACUUCAAUCUGGCACGAGAGGAUACGCAGGAUCCAAAUAAAACACACUACGUGACGCACCGCUGGUACCGCGCACCGGAACUCGUGAUGCAGUUCAAAGGAUUCACGAAACUUGUCGAUAUGUGGUCUGCUGGGUGCGUAAUGGGUGAGCUUUUCAACCGUCGUGCCCUUUUUCGUGGUUCUACAUUCUACAACCAGUUAGACAAAAUUGUGGAAGUUGUAGGAGCGCCCACGGAGGAAGACCACCUUGAUAUGUUCUCAUCUUCGCAGGCGCGGAAUUACCUUCGUAACGCCCUCUCGCACUGCAAGCCCCGGCCAUGGUGUGAUGUGGUGCCCACUGCCGAUGCUGAAGCAAUAGAUUUGCUCAGUCGUAUGCUUGAAUUCAAUCCAGCGCGGCGUAUCAGUGCUGAGCAGGCUUUGCAGCAUCCCUAUUUUGCAUCUCUAUAUGACCCACUGGAUCUUACGGAGGCAUGCAGUGGUCCUUUCCAUUUCCCAGAGGUGAGCGACAUCUUCUCCAUGCAUCAAAUGUUCUUGGCGGAGGUUCGUGGCUUUGAGGCACGGCGGUUAAAGCGAGAGAAUAUCAUACAACAACGACUCGCACUUUCAAAUGGCACCACAAAUGCGAAGGAAGUACUCGGCUGUGACCAUAUGCUGCGGACUCAUAGUCUUAUGGAAGUGUCAGAUCUUCCCACCUCUAUGCCCUAA